GGGCUGCGGGGCCGGCCGGGGCGCAGGCGGCGCGGCGCCGCAGCGCUCGGGGAGCGGGCCCAGGCCCGGGGAGCCCGGCGGGGCAGGGCAGGGCCAGGCAGCGGAGGGAGGCCCAGCCCCGAACCGGCGCCGGUUCGCACCACCCUCAGCGACCCGGAGCCCGGAGGCUGCCGAGUGGGGAGCGGAGCGCGAGCGGUUGGGAGGCGGUGGGAGGCGAGCGGAGGCUGCAAGCCCGGUGCGCCCUGGCCCGGCCCGGCACGCCGCGCGCCCCCUCCCCUCUCUUUCCCUCGCCGAGCCUCCUCCCCUCGCCUGUUCUAGCCUCCUGUCCUCUCCUCCUCCGGGCUCCGCUCCCGCCUGCGCCCCAGCCGACGAACCCAGCGGGGUCGGGCCCUCAGCUUCGCGCGCUCUCGGCUGGGCCCUCCGGGGACAGGGUCCCCGCGGCCGACACCGCCCUCCCCCUGGGACCCGGCGGAUUCCGGACCUUUCCGAACGUGGACUGAGCCGUUGGAGCGUUCUCACCCAGCGCUGAACGCUAGGCUGGGCUGAGCGGACCCUCGCGAUCGCUCCAGACGCCGCGGGUACCGGAGCGCGGACAUUCUGGGUCCGGGCUUAGCGCGUCCCGAGCGCCAGGCGGUGCCAGCUCACUCCCGGCAGAGCAGGGUAGGGCAGGUCAGACCCCAGCAGAGCCCGGACCCGCCGAUCUGGACUGCACAGAGCGAUUCCCGGACGGUGCCGAGCCCGGGAAAUGCCGGGCGUGGGCUGAGGGGAUCCCGGCGCCCUCCCAACCCUCCGACUUUGGUUCACGAGCUGGGACCCGCCCGGCGUCGCUUCGGCCGCCCUGCGACCGGGUCACCUGUGGCCUCGGAGCCCCGAAUCCGGCGUACCCUUGCUCAUUACCGACCUGGAGCCUGGCGAGGGUUGAGGGAGGGUUUUCCUGCCCCCCUCCCUGCAGCGCGGAGGCCCCGCCCCCUCCCACCGCCCAGAUGUCUCCGGCCGCGGCUCGGAGGACCUCCCCAAGGCCCGAGGCCGAAGGGUCCAGAGAGAGAAGCCCGCCCUAGGGAGCCUUGGGGGCCCCCCAACCUCGUCUUGGGGCUUGGCCCCCGACGUUGCUAGGAGGGAAAGCCGGUGCCCCCACCCUUGGGGGCUGCCCUCUUCAAAUCCAACUCCCUCCCCAGAGCUGCCCACAUCUGGAGCCCCCUCUACAUCUGGAAGACCCUGGCCACUAUCCCUCUGCAGGUGUCAGUUACAUCCAGAGACCUCUGCUUUUGCAACUGCUUAGGAGUUGUGAGGGGAUUACUGCUACCUCCCCCCCUGUCCCAAGGGCAUCCCUUACCCUUAGUCAUCCCCCUGCCUCUGUGUUCAGGUUCAGGCAGAGAUAAGGUCUGCACACCCACAGGCACUUCAAGUCCUGGAGGCCAGUCCUGGGACCCAGGGCCCCUCCCCUUCCUCUCCUGUGUCCUCACCUUGACCCCCCUCUGCCAGACUCUGUCUCCCUUCUCCCUUCUGGUGUCCUGUUCCCCACCCAGAGGCAGAGGAGGCGGAGUGGCAGGGGGAAGGGGCUGGGUGAGGGCCGCCCAGGGCCAGGGUAGGCUGGGGGGCCGUUAAGAUGUGGAGCUCUGCCCGGUUGAGGGGGGCUCCGUGGAGGCAGACGCAGUGUGUGCCCGACUGGGGGGAGUAUGGGCAGGCCUGCGGCCACGUGGUAAAGGAUGAACAUUCGGGGCACCCCGGACCUCGGGCAGCCCAGUGACGACCCCAGCAGUGGUGGUGAGCGGGAGCGGAUUCGACAGCGCAUGAAGAUGGUCAUCGGGCAGCUUGAGGACAUCCUACGGGAGCUCAAGGAGGUGGCCAAGGAACUGAGGGAGGUGGUGAGCCAGAUCGAUAAGCUAACCUCAGACUUCGACUUUGAACUGGAGCCAGAUGACUGGACCACGGCCACUGUGAGCAGCACCUCUAGCAGUGACAAGGCAGGCGUGGGCGGCCCCUUUGACUUGGGCCACCUGGACUUCAUGACAGCUGAUAUCCUCUCAGACAGCUGGGAGUUCUGCUCCUUCCUGGACGUCUCCACCCCCUCAGACUCCGUGGACGGCCCCGAGUCUACGCGGCCAGGGGCUGGCCCUGACUACCGGCUCAUGAACGGUGGCACACCCAUCCCCAAUGGCCCACGAGUGGAAACCCCAGACUCCUCCAGCGAGGAGGCCUUCAGCGCUGGCCCCACAAAGAGCCAGCUGCCCCAGCGGACCCCGGGGACACGGGAGAGGGUGCGGUUCAGUGACAAAGUGCUCUACCACGCACUGUGCUGUGAUGAUGAGGAGGGGGACAGUGAGGAGGCAGCGGUGGAGGAGGUGGGGCUGCCCCCUGAACCUCCCCAUAUGGAGGCCCACACAGGCCCCCACCAGCCCUCCCCAGCCCCUUAUAAGCCAAGGCACUCUCCACUGACCAGCCAUCGUUCAGGCCCCACCACAGCCCCCGAACAGACACGAAAGGUCACGAGGAACAGCAGCACCCAGACGGUGUCAGACAAGAGCACACAGACGGUGCUGCCCUACACGGCCACUAGACAGAAAGCCAGGGGAAAAAACUAGGAACUGGGGAGGGGCUGGGGGCGGUGGACACAUAGAGGUACAAAUAUAUAUAUAUAUAUUUAAGCAAAUGCAGUCAUAAUAAAAUUUUUAAAUGCUAA